AUGGGUCAGGGUCAGUCAAAAGGCAGCGAUGGAGCUCGCACGCCUACAAACAAUGGAUCGACCUCAAACCUCGUACCCGAUGGCCUCAAACAGUAUCCUUCCUUCUCGAAGAGCGAUACUCAAGAAAGCAAGGGCAAGAGUCUCCGCAAUUCUGUGCGUAGAAAAAUGAAGUCAAGCGAUGACAAGGACCCAGUCAGCCCACGAGCUUCGGCUUCUGCCUUGUCGAAUCUGGACGGCACAAGUCUUGAUGGUGGAGAUACAGGCUCCAUUCGAUCCAAUCGUUCGGGCUCAGUCAAUUCCAAGGUUAAUCGUGUUACUUCCAAAGAGUCGUCCACUUCUGCUGCAAGUCCAACGUCUGUGUUCGACGAUGACGACGAGGCUCCCUCACCAGGGACUCAGACUCCAGUACGUCCUCCCUCACCUACCAGAGGUAAGACCAUUGGUCAAGGCCACAAAGACGUGAACAGGGCGAAGAGAACUGGCGAGGUUGGAGCCGUGUCUGACGAGGGACCACAUAUGGCGCAUCACCACUCCGCCACUCAGAAGGCUGGCGAAAGUAUUUUAAUCAAACGAGAAGGUCAGGUCAUUCCGCGUGCCUCUGAUACCAGAUCCUCCCUACGAGCCCGACUGGCAGAUUUGCCAGGUGCCUCGCCAGGUGGCAGCAUGGCAAUUCAGGAUCUGUCAGAGCCGGAUCUAGAUGACAUGAUCUCUCGCCUUUUGGACUCGGGCUACUCGACCAAGGUUACCAAAGCGGUCUGCUUGAAGAAUGCAGAAAUCACUGCUGUCUGCUCCAAAGCUCGAGAGGUAUUCAUGUCGCAGCCUGCUCUCAUCGAGCUCAACGCUCCGGUCAAAAUUGUCGGCGAUAUCCAUGGUCAAUAUAAUGACCUGAUAAGACUGUUUGAGAUGUGCGGCUUCCCACCAGAAUCUAAUUACCUGUUUUUGGGGGACUAUGUUGACAGAGGUAAGCAGUCCUUGGAAACAAUACUGCUUCUAUUUUGUUACAAGUUGAAAUAUCCCGAAAACUUCUUUCUGCUGCGAGGAAAUCAUGAGUGUGCCAAUGUUACGCGUGUCUAUGGAUUCUACGACGAGUGCAAGCGCAGGUGUAACAUCAAGGUUUGGAAAAGCUUCAUCGAUACUUUCAACUGCAUGCCCAUCGCAAGCAUUGUUGCCGACAAGAUCUUCUGUGUGCAUGGAGGCUUGUCACCAAGCUUGUCACACAUGGAUGACAUCAGGAAUAUUGCGCGACCCACAGAUGUACCGGAUUAUGGGCUACUGAACGAUCUGCUCUGGAGUGAUCCAGCAGACAUGGAGCAGGAUUGGGAGAGCAACGAAAGAGGCGUCAGCUAUUGUUUUGGCAAGAAGGUGAUUAUUGAUUUUCUCGCUCGUCACGACUUUGAUCUUGUCUGUCGAGCGCACAUGGUGGUCGAGGAUGGCUAUGAGUUUUUCAACGAUCGUUUGCUGGUAACUGUCUUUUCCGCUCCAAAUUACUGCGGUGAAUUUGACAACUGGGGUGCUGUCAUGUCUGUAUCCUCGAAUCUGCUAUGCAGUUUCGAGCUGCUCAAACCUCUCGACUCAAGUGCAUUGAAGAACCACAUCAAGAAGGGCCGAAAUCAGAGGAACAGUAUGAUCAACAGCCCUCCUGCUCAACCAUCAGCACAAAGCUUCUAG